CACGCAGUGAAAUGGAGCGGCUGGCCAAACGGCUUCAGCUCGUGGUUUUGCUUAUCCACAUUGCGAAUACUGUUUUUGUGUCCAGCUUGGAGCUCACGCUGCUUCACACCAACGACGUCCACGCACGAAUAGAGGAGACCAGCGGGGACUCCGGCAAGUGUACCAAAGGAGUAUGCUUCGCCGGAGUGGCAAGGAGGUAUACGAAAAUAAAAGACAUCAGGGGCAGAGAGACGAACGUAUUGCUGCUGGACGCGGGUGACCAGUUCCAGGGUACUGUGUGGUUCAAUUACUACAAGGGCGCUGAAGCUGCGCAUUUUAUGAACAAACUCGGGUAUGACGCGAUGGCGUUGGGAAACCAUGAGUUUGACAAUGGAGUGGAGGGGUUGCUGAAGCCAUUUCUGCAGGAGGUAAACUGCACAGUCCUCAGUGCUAACGUCAAGCCAGACCAGACAUUGGCUCCUGAAAUCAGCGGCAGGUACUUGCCAUAUAAGAUAUUUAACAUCGGUUCUGAGAAAGUGGCCGUGGUGGGCUAUACGACAAAGGAGACACCAGCCUUGUCUCUGCCAGGUCCGCACUUAGUGUUUGAAGAUGAGGUCAGUGCCCUGCAGAUUCAGGUGGACAAGCUGGUCAGCUUGGGAAUUAAUAAAAUCAUCGCGCUUGGGCACUCCGGCUUUGAAGUGGACAAAGAAAUUGCCAAGAAAGUGAGAGGGAUAGAUGUGGUCAUUGGUGGACACACCAACACAUUCCUGUAUACAGGAAGCCCCCCAUCCUCAGAGGUCCCAGUGGGGUUGUACCCCUUCAUGGUGGCCUCAGAGGACGGCCGUAAUGUCCCCGUUGUUCAGGCCUACGCUUUCGGGAAGUACCUGGGCCACCUGAAAGUGACAUUCGACCAGGCCGGCAACGUCGUCAGGGCAACGGGGAACCCCAUCCUUUUGAACAGCAGUGUGCCGCAGGAUCCAGGCAUUCUUCAGGACGUGGAGGAGUGGAAAAAGAACCUGGCGAAUUAUUCUUCUCAGUACGUGGGGCAGACUCUGGUAUACUUGAACGGGACCUUCGAGGAGUGCCGAUUUCGGGAGUGCAACCUGGGGAAUAUGGUCUGCGAUGCAAUGGUUCACCACAACCUCAGAAACGCGGAUGAGGUGCAGUGGAGCCACGUCAGCUCCUGCAUCCUGAACGGCGGGGCCAUACGGUCUUCCAUCGACGAGCGCAGCAGGAACGGUUCCAUCACCAUGGAGGAGGUCAUAUCAGUCCUGCCUUUCGGAGGGACCUUCGACCUGGUGGAGCUGAAGGGGUCGACACUGAGGAAGGCGUUCGAGCAUUCCGUCAGGAGAUACGGAGGGAACACGGGGGAAUUUCUCCAGGUGUCGGGCAUUCGGGUUGAGCUGGACAUUUCGCAGCCUGUGGGUGAGCGCGUGACAUCACUGGACAUCCUCUGCACACAAUGCCGGGUCCCAAGGUAUGACCCCCUGGAACCGGACCGGACCUACAGGCUGGUGCUCCCAUCCUACCUGGCAGACGGAGGAGACGGGUUCUCCAUGAUCAAAGAGGAGAGGCUGAAACACGACAGCGGUGACAUGGACAUCGCUGUUGUCGCCAACUACAUCUAUGAGCGGAAGAGAGUCCACCCAGCAGUGGAGGGCCGGAUAACGGUCUCUGGCUCUGCUACGGCGAGUGCUGGUCAUGUGAUCCUGCUGUUGCUAGGGCUGUCCUUGACCCAAGUUGUGGGACACUGAGGACUCCAUCAGAGAGGUGCGCCUACCUGAAAAAUGACCUCACAUCACACUACCACAAUGCAUCUCAGGGCCAGGAGAGGAGAGGCCACAAGAGGCCUGACCAUGUUGUGUGUGAAUGGACCUUUCUCAUCGACAGGGUAUGUAAAACUACUUCCGAAAUCUAGGCUCAACAAUUCCACUGUGUCAUCACUUGAACCACAGGUUUAUCCCCUCUCAGAAUUUGAAAAGCCACAAACGCCAGUCUCCAUGUUUUUGCCUUAAACAUUUAGGGUGAAGGAUUCAAAGCCGUAUGCAAUAACAUAAUUUGUGGAAAGUAAUUAGCCAUGUUUAAGGGUAAUGCUCAGUGCCUGCCUGGAAUCAUUGGAUUAAAGGAGUGUGCCUCAAGUGAUUUCACAACUGACGCUGUGGGUGUGAACCGGGAUUUCAUGAUGUCACACAGACUACAGGCCAUAGGGACCAGUGAAUUGCUCAGGUAACAAAACAGGACAAAACAGAAAUAGGUCUGACAGCAUGAAGUGACAAAUUUCAACCUUUCAGACUUCCUCAGGCAGUGCUGAUAUUAAACAGUUGCCCUCCUAUUCUAUUUUUGAUGUAUAAUUAUAUCAGAGGAAAGGAUUGUGUAACUUAUGAAAAGAUUAUUUAUGUGGAAUGUCUAUGGCAUGUACCAUGCCUGCAAGUUUUAUCCAUUUUGUGCUCCUCAAAAUUCAAUAUUUUAAACUGCUGUGAUUGUACUGUAAGUUUUUUCUUAUCAAAAUGAAGCAUAAUUUGUUAUUAAAUCUUGCUUACAAUGAAUUUGCCAGGGAUUUUGUAAAACACAGGGACAGCAACAGACUAACAAUUGGCUG